UUUUAAUCAAGAUGAUUUGUGUCAAAGUUUUCUUAUUCUUCGCCUGUAUAUUGGUAGCGUACGCUGCGCAAUGUACAACGGCAACCUAUGGUAAAAUAACAAAUAAUAAACACUCGACGAAACAACUACAUCUUGGUCCAGGUUUAGCCGAUUGGACAAUUACGGUAGACCCAAUGGACAAAGAAAAAUGCCCCGAUGGUAUUGUUGGCUUGAAAGUAAAAGCCUGUGACACUGAUGUACCUCCUACCAUUGGAGAGUUCAUAAGCGUAUAUGAAUUCUCCAUUCACCGUCAUGGCGACCUGAAAGGACAGUGCGUCGUCGAUAUCAAGGUUUACUGUUAAAGGAAUAAUUUUAAUUCAGAUUAAAAAUACUGUACCACGUGCUAAUUUCAAUCACGAAAGCUUGCUUCAAUUGAGUACUUGCCACUUAGUAGCAUGUGUGUCGGAAUAUUACUCAAAAUUAGCUCGUGUCAGGCAUGUUAGCGAAUCGACGGGCGUUCGAUUUUUGAAACUUUUGAGCAUGCUCAACUCAAUACUUCAAUACAACAAAUUAAUUAACAAAAAAAAAAAAUUAAGAACGCAUUUUAGCAUGAUAUUUUAGACCAUGUGUAACAGUACCUUUAGUUUUCAGGAUCUUCGAUUUCAAGCUCGAUAAUAUUUUGUUUCUGUUUUCUGUAUUUGUUGUGGUUUGAAUUUUUCAAAACUGUUAAAUAAUAAAGUUUUUUUUGUA